AAAAGAGAAAAGAACUUGUUGCUCAAGUCAGGGCCUAAACGAAAAGAAAACCCCAUUUCGUUUUCAAUCGGCUCAAAUACUGCAAAUUUUUCUUUCAUUCGUAUAUCAGUUCGUCUCACAGUUACUCUGAGCUUGAGUUUUUCUCUUUUGCCCCCAAAAUAGAAUCGAAAAUGGAUUUGAAGGUGGAUCUCGAUUCUCCACACUCCAUGGGUACCACCAUCAUCGGUGUUACUUAUAACGGCGGCGUUGUUCUCGGAGCCGAUUCACGAACUAGCACUGGUGUUUAUGUUGCUAACCGUGCAUCGGACAAGAUUACUCAGCUCACUGAUAAUGUCUACGUUUGUCGCUCCGGAUCGGCUGCUGAUUCUCAGAUUGUUUCGGACUAUGUGCGUUAUUUUCUUCAUCAGCACACGAUACAGCUAGGGCAACCUGCAACCGUCAAAGUUGCUGCGAAUCUCAUCAGGCUUUUGUCUUAUAAUAACAAGGAUAUGUUGCAAACUGGUAUGAUUGUUGGUGGAUGGGACAAGUACGAAGGUGGUAAAAUCUAUGGAGUUCCUCUCGGUGGAACCAUAGUAGAGCAGCCAUUCUCUAUUGGUGGAUCUGGCUCUAGUUAUUUGUAUGGAUUCUUUGACCAAGCGUGGAAAGAAGGAAUGACCAAAGAGGAGGCUGAGGAACUGGUGGUGAAGGCAGUUUCCCUUGCCAUUGCUCGUGACGGUGCAAGUGGAGGUGUUGUUCGUACUGUCAUUAUUAAUUCUGAGGGAGUGACAAGGAACUUCUACCCUGGAGACAAACUUCCACUCUGGCACGAGGAGCUGGAGCCCCAUAAUUCAUUACUAGACAUAUUGAACACAUCCAGUCCAGACCCAAUGAACAUACAAUGAUGAUCUAGCUAUCAAUUACUGUUUGCGUCUUGUGCGAGACUUUGUAUCCUUCGAACUAGAACAUAAAUUUCAUCUCAGCUCUGAAAGAACUAUUGUAUUGUGAUUUAUUAUAUGUAUGCUGCUUAAUUUUAAGCUACACUUUCUUCUUGUUUGGCAUAACAAAAUGAAAUUUUAAGUA